UGCGCGGUCUGUGCGGCCGCCGGGCCCCGCAGCGCCUCGCCGCCGGGCUCCCAUUAUGGUCAGGCAUGGCGUGGCCGGCGGGCGGGCCGAGCUGGUACGCGCUGGUCGCCCUGUUCGCGGCGGCGCUGGCCACCCUGGCCGCGUACCUGGCGCAGUACGCGCGGCUGGCCCUGCGGCGGCUCCGCGCGCCGCCCCCCGCGCAGCGGGACGAGCUGCUGGCCGAGGGCAGCUCGGCGCUGGCCUGGGCGCUGGCGCGCGGCGGCUGGCGGCGGCGCUGGCGGCGCGCCUGGCUCGAGGCGCUCGGCGCAGAGGCGGCCGCGCGCGCGGAUUCACAGUUGCUUACGUUUGAGGAAGAUGAUCCACAAGAACCACUUGAGCUAGCAGUUAAACAAGUUGUUAGUGUUGUAAAGUCAGCUCAAGAAAAGGUGGUUUCUUGCAAUGUUGUGGGAGAUUCCGUUACAUUUGUUGUCACUGUCUCGCAUACUUCACCCACAGCUGCCGAAAGUCAGUCCUACAGUGUGAAACUGUCUCCACUUCACUUGCAGCUUCAACUCUAUGUGAAAGACAAAGGAGAAGAUGUCAAAGUUGAGUGGAUCCUCGUUAACGCAAAUGAAACCAACUUUGAAAUCCAGCCAAUAGUGCGGGAGGGACAGACAGCAGGGACAUGUGCAAUACCUGACACACUCAGAGAUGUUUUGAAGAACCUCUUUAGUUCAGUUUCUCCAUCUGUAGUGUUGAGCGCAAGGCCUACAGAUAUAAAGGAGGUUCAGAAUGUACAGAACACAAGCCUUCUCCCUCAGGGCACCAGCCCACCUAAACCUCCAAGGGCUCAUGAACUCAAACUGCUGGUAAAGAACAUCGCGUUAAACCUAGCUGAUCACAGUGCUGCAGGCAGCACAAACCUUGCGUGUAUAGUUCAGUUGAAUGACCCUAUGCAGAAGUUUUCCAGCUCUGUAGCCAAAAAUGUUGCAAAUCCCUUUUGGAAGGAAGAGUUUAUCUUUGAACUAAGUGCCAAAUCAAAAGCAUUGCAACUACAAAUAGUGGAAGAUGGAAAGUUGGAUAGGCCUUUGUCCGCGAAAGUGACCGUACCUCUAGAUUUGUUCCGGAAACAACCUUCUGGCCAGCAAAACUUUGUACUGAACAGCAGGGCCAGUGAGAGCAGCUCAGAGCCGGGGCCUAGACUGGGAUCUAUUAGUGCAGAGUUCUCCUUUAUAGAACCCAGUGAAUUAAAGACAUGGCAAACAUCUUCUCCAGUGCCAGCCACUAAGAUAGAAAAGGAUCGCACUGUGAUGCCUUGUGGGACUGUGGUCACUACUGUAACUGCUGUGAAAACCAGACCUCGUCUAGAAGGGAGAUCAUCUCCACUGAGCACAGAUUCUCCUGUGAAAACUCCAGUUAAAGUAAAGGUGAUUGAAAAGGAUUUCUCUGUUCAAGCUAUCCAUUCUCAUGGUGCUCCAGUCAGCAAAACUUUAUCGUCUUCAGAUACAGAACUGCUGGUACUGAAUGGCACCGAUCCUGUUGCAGAAGCAGCCAUUCGGCAGUUAAGUGAGUCUGCAAAGCAGAAGCUGAAGUCUCCUAGAAAGAAAAGCACCAUUAUCAUAUCAGGAGUGUCCAAGACCUCUUUAUCUCAGGACAGUGAAGCUGCACUGAUGAUGGACUAUGCUGCAGCCAUGGAUAGCUCCUGCAAAGAAGCAGAUCCACGCACUGUGGAGGAAGCUGUUGCAAAAAUCACCUCUGAUGAAAAGCUGUCAUUAGGUGCUUCAGAAAUAGUUCCUGAUACUGACCCACAACAAAAUGCCCAUAAGGCUUGGGGUUUGGAGAAUGGCAGCCAACAAUGGGACACUAACACGCUCUUAGAUCAGACCUGUGAAGAAAUAUCUGGAAGUUCACUAAGUGUUUCAGAAACUGGGAGCAUGAAAAAAUCUAAAGGUGGGAUUUUGAAAAAAAGCGCAAAGCUCUUCUUCCGACGGCGACAUCAUCAGAAGGAUCCAGGAAUGAGUCAAUCGCACAAUGAUCUUGUCUACUUGCAGCAGCCACUGUCAGAGGAAACACGCAAGAAGGGAGGCACGCUUUCACGUAUUCUGAGCAGAAAGCUCCUUUCCAAAAACAAAAGCAAGAACAAACUGAAUGGUGCUUCAGCAGAACCAUACGUAUGAGGCUGAACACUCUCUGGUGGGAUAUGUGCACAGCAGCUGACCAUUUGUUUACAGAGCAGUACUAGAGAAUACAGAUAUGGCUGAUGACUUGCCUAAAGUGAUGUUCACUAAUACAGUGGUCCAGGAAUAAACAGAAGGCUCGUCAUCUUUGUUUAUUUUUCCAGAACACUUUUUCUCUCUGAGUAUAAAGUUGCUCCUCCAAAUACAAGCUGCACUAAUUGUAUCAUGACCUUUUGGAGGAACUUGUGGAGGACCAUGUGGUUUAUUGUAGAAGAUGAGGGAGGAUGGGGAAUGGUGCAGAUAGGGAGAACCUGCAUAUGAGCACCUGGUUUAUGUUAACAGAGAGCUAAGAACUGAAACAUCAUGCAUGCUGUACAUGACUGAACCACUAGAAAGAGAGAAGAUACAUAGCACUGUGCUUCCUUGCUCCAGCCUCGGAAUAGUAGCAACGCAAGUCUCAACUUGUUUCUCUAGUCAGGCUGAAAGGGAAAAGAGAGACCCAGAUCCAGUUUGUAUUGUAAUUUGGAAACGGGUAAGUUUUCAGAAGCAGAACUAAAAUGCUGAUUAAGAUAGCCUACUGUAAUAACUGUAGCCUGCUGUAAUAACUGUUCGGUCCAUGUAGGUGGAGAGAUGCCUUUGAUAUUAGCCAUAAAUCAAUAAAUUAUGCAAAUACUUGUACUAGCAUAUUGUUUAAUGUUCUGUGGAUGUUGUGCUAAAAAAAAACACAGAACUUUUUUUAAAUCUACUUGAGUCUAUUUGCAAACAAGACAUUUACAAAUUCUUAUAUGUAGCUUUUCUUCCCUAAGUGAGAAGCUGAGUUGCUAGUGCAAAAACCUAUCAUAGGGGCUCUCAUUCCUUCUCCAAAGUACUUGUUAGACAAGUAUAGUAACCACCAUAUCACGUGCAAAGCUAGGAGCAAUAAGUGAUAAAUAGAGCCCGUUUACCCCUGUAAUACUUUUCAUUAGACAGCUUGUUUUAUUUGCCAAACACUUACUGAGAUCUUAGGAAACACAGUUAUGAAGAGAGCUUUUUAAAAAAUAGUAACAGCAAUUCCCUUAGUCGUCUUUCAGUUUCUAGAUCUACCAGUGUUGUCAUGCAGUGGGUUGGAUGAGUGAGGUUGUUUUACUUUUUUUCCUCUUUAGAUACUGCAGCUGGCCCCUUUAAAAGGAAAGCCUGAUGAAAGUAAAGGGAUAGUUCUUGGUUUGGGUAUUAAGAAGAGUAAAAUAGUCAGUGUUUCACAGGUACCAUCUUUCACGCAUACCUGUACUUUUCCAUCAUCUACUUUCCAACUGAGGACAAAGGACCAAGUCUGUUCUCAUUAGCCAAGAAAAACAUCCAUUCCAUCUGAAUAACUGACAUGAAUGGAUGACAGAUUUGUGCCUGCUUUGCCAACAGUAAUUCCUUCCCCCCUUCCUCCCCUUAAAAGACAUCCAACACUUCGGCAGAUAUUUGGGCUUUCAACUUAAACCAUUCUUCAAAGCUAGAAGGUCACUGAAGAACAGAAACACAUUUCAAAGCUUCUAAUGGACUCUAGAUUCCUUGGUAAAUACUCUCACAAAUAAUAUAAAACUAGAGGAGUUUUGGGUUCUUUUUCACCAAGAAAAUAUUAGAAGAAAUGAACUGACAAAAUCUUUUAACUGAGCCUACUGUUUAAAAAUACUAUGUAUGUGUAGCCUCCUAAAAUCACUGUGGUAGUACAGCAGUCCAGACUAUCAAAUAGUUGUACGCUUAAGCAUGCUGCUUAUUAUGAAAACACUUGAAGGCAUUUUAAUCUGUAUUUUGAAAAUUGCUUACAAAUGAGUCUUCUAGAGGUGUAGUGUCCUUGGAGAUUCCAGUUUGGUAAUACAGGUUUGUCCAGCUUGAAUGUGCUUGAACCCUUUUGUUUAUUGUUCAUUUAAUACAAAAUAGAAUUUAGGUUUCCUAAUUUGUUUGACAGUGGCUAAUAACAUGAACAUAUUAAAAAAAAAUGUUACGUUCUCUCCACAUACUUUUUCCCUUGACUUUACUAGGAGCUCUUUGCUUGACAGGGCGGUGUGGGGGGAGUCAAAUCCCUGUCAUGUUUUUGAAAUUCUUAGCCUUGUUUGCUCAAGGAGAAAAACACAAUUUGUCACUGAGUUCAAGAAAUCAAAGUGAGACUGAGCUUCAUGGGUAGCACCCCCUUACACUAAAAGCAAAGAGCUGUGGAAUUGGGAAUGUAAAGUGAGUACAUAAAUAACACUAAUUGAAGUCUGCUUAAGUUACUGAACUGAGAUUUUAUAAUAAUUUACAAAAGCUUUAUCAUAUACUGUAGAAUGGGGUGGAAAGAACACUGACUAACUUGCAGAUUAUAGGCAGGGUUGGUUUGUAGCUUACUCCAAAGAACAGAUACACAAUGAAGUGGGGUUUUGGUUCCUCUUUGUUAAGGUCUUGGUAAUUGCCUAAAUGUAUGUCUUGAUGGUGGGAACCAAGAAAAUUCUGUACUGCAAACUGCAUGAAGAUUUGGGUUCACAUAUAAUAGAGUGAAUUUUUAAGAUGAGGAAAUCAAGGCAUUUGGGGUAAAAAGGGAAUCUUGGGGUUUUUUAAUUGCCUUCACCACUCAGGAGAAUAAACAUCAUUUGGUUUGAUGUCUGACCUCCAUAUCUGAUUGGUCUGUUCCCCUUCCUACUCCUUUACCAAUAAUUUAUGUCUUGUAAAAGCAAGCAAAAGUACUAAACACAAAGGGAGAAUUGAGUUGCUCACUUGUGACAACCCCAAAGGCCCAUAAUGUUGUAUCUCGAAAUGAUUAGGUAGUCAUUUAAGAUCAGGAGAUCCAAGUACGUACAUUUUUUGUGUACUAGUAUUUAGGUCAAUGUGAAUUGGAUCCGGGCAACCAGCAGGAGCUAUGCUACAGGUUUGGGGUGGGAGCACUGGGUUUGAAAACUGCCAUUACUAAACACUGCAAUGUAUCCUGUGAGGUGCUGGGUAUUUCCUAUACGCUUGUGUGAAGGAUGCUGAAGGGAAUAAUUUUGCUCUUUUAUGUUUCACAGUCUUCAUGAUUUUAAUAACUAUACAUUUGAACAGCAAAACAAAUCUCUGCAUGAUACGACACUGAAAACUUAUUUUCUAUGUUUUCUGUCUUCCAGUUUAAUUACUUCAGAACAAUAGCUUGGAAACCACCUGUGAAAUCCGUUUUCCUUUUUGCCCUUUUUCUUACACUUUUGUGUUUCUAGAUGUUCUGUACAGCAGAGGAUUAAGAGAUGAAAGCUUGCUUUUUCUUUCUAAAGUCUUUUGUUGCCCAUAAUUGAACCUUCUUAAUCUGUGUUUGUGGUUUGUUUUGCUUUAUGGCAUUUUAGCUUUUCAUUUGCCUUGAUGGGGACAACCUGCAUCCUUACCUAACCAAGAUUUGCCUUGGCUUUAGUUUGAAUUUUGACUGAGUAAGUAGUACAAGAAUUAAAUUUCUCUUUGUAGAUUAAAGCGAUAAAACUACGUAAUAUCUCAAGUGUGAGCUAGGUAACUUUCUUAAAGUGACAGGUCACUUUAAAAGUCACUUUAAAGAGGAGGGGGGCCUUUGCCUCUCAGUCACCAGUAUUUCACUUCCUGUAUACUCCAGGAAGAAAUGAUCAUCAUUUCACUCCUAACUAUAUAUAAAACUUGUGAAUCUUAGGUGGCAGGAAGGAGAAGGAAUGUCGUUGUGGGAAAAAAGUUCAUAUUCAUUUAAAAAAGCAAAAUACCCAUGGCAACUUCUUCAACUUAAUGGACAGGUCAUGAACCAUGCAUGCAUAAACACUGGGCUUUAUUCUUUUGCUUCCUCUUCAAUUUUCUUUUUCCUCUGUCCUUUUUUUGAGAGAGGGGUUGGGGCUCCAGGUCAUAUAGAUCAGUAGUUAUGGUCUUGACCCUGAGGGGACUUGGCUUAUAGCAAGGCUUUGUUUGAUGUGUACUAUUGCCUGGCAAUGAUACCAAUUUUGAGGAUCAGUGAAAUUUUACAGCAUUUCGUGGUAUUGCAUUUCUUGGCUGUUUCUAGGUGGUUUUCAAGCAAAAGCUUUCUGCUGUGCAUUUCUUGUAAAGUUUUGGUGUUCUUGAUAUGCAAAGUGUAGGAAAAAGUGAAGUUGACUACAUAAAAUGCUACCAAAUGCGUAUGGAGAAGCAAAAUAAGAAUCUUGCUCUUGUUUUAACAUCUUUUUCGGCUCUGGUAACUCCAGGUGUCACAAGAAUUCUAGACAAGCUGGGAGCCACAUGGCUUUUUCAUUUUCGUUUAUUGCAUUUUUUGAGUUGUAGAGCUGAAGUUUGAGAUAAGUGCUUAUCCUGGUACAGAAUUAAGUAUACCAUAGCUCCAGGCUAAGACAUUCCCAGUGUAAAUGGGAACAGUUGACCUCAUGCUUUGACCUCCACAGGUCCUAAGUGGAUUUAUUCAUGUGUUUAAAGUCAGCAUAUGCUUCUGUACGUUGCUAAGCCACAGCCUUGGUGACAAACAGCUCAAGAUUAACUGUAUAACAAGGGUGAUUAAGUUGAGGGUGAAUAGUAUCAUUUCACUCAGGAUAUCCAAAGUGUUACUAUGCAAGGUGCUGGCAUGACGUGAAAAUAACUGGAAAGGAUGAGUCUGAGGUCUCUGCAAUACUUAACACUGUAUUUCCCAAUAAUGUAUUAUGCUUUGAUAUUCCAGGUAGAGUAAAACAUUUUUUUCUAGCAUUCAACUGUGAUAGUUACUUCUGUGGUGGUUUUUUUCCUUUAUUUUUUCUGUGUGUGCACAAAAUUAAGUUGGUGCAAUUAAGAAGUCUAUGAUGUACAGAUUUAUUAUAUCACUAAAAAGCCUGAGAAGAGGAUUUUUUUAAAGAAAUAACUACUGCUGUACAUACAAUAAAAGCCAAUUGUCUCUG